AUGAGCGUGACGACAACGAUAACGACUGCUGACUGCGAGCUACUAGGCCGGGGGCCCGUCCAAGGAUCUGCUGACUCGGACAGCCUGGCCACGCUGGUCAGACAGCUAUGCAAGAAGCAGCAACAACGUGGCCGGUUACCGGGACGCCGGUGUACGGUGGCAUGCAGCCGAGAUGCCGGGCUGGAGAUCAUCCCGUACCAGAGAAAGCGGCCAGACGACGAGGGUUUUGAGUCAGAUGAGGACUUAGCGUCGCUAGGCUCGUACGAUGAUCCCGCAAAGAGGAAGACAGGAACUUUGGCAGCUGUGUCGGCGGCGGCGGGUGCAGCGUCGGACAGCGCCAACAGCAGUGGCGUUUCAGAAGACAGCGAUGACGCUGACGCCGCUUCACUGAGAGGUGGACAGACUCCAGUCACGGUCGCCACGGAGACGGCCGACGGAUCUGGUCGGGAGGCAUAUGGGCUGUCCGACGUGGCGUUCUGUCACACAGAUGCUGCUGCACUACCCGGCCUAGAAGCCAUCGUGGUCCGAAGCCGGGACAACCGGCUGCAGGACGUGUGUCGGGCGUACCAAGAGCACAGCAGGCGCAUGAAGUUGGAACCAAAGCCUUGGGUCGGCCAUACGAAUGGUGGUGGUGGACCGUUGUCAUCGCAGAGGCGCAAAGUCGGCGUCAAUGGUGGCAACAUAAGUGGCAACAUAGCACUAACGGCAAUGCCCGAAGUGAACCGAUUCAACCUGGUGCAGCGGACCGACACCGACGGGGUGACGCACAUAGAAGUGACAGCGGGACCUGUGGUGGCGGCGGCUAACUCUACCUCCAGGGACUCGUCUCAGUCAAGCAUCAUAAGCAUAAGCACUCCCGAAUCUCCAAGGCCGACGACCAAAGACCGAUCCUACGGAGACGAUAAUCAAGACCGAGACGAUGGUGACGGUGGCAUUGAACCACCUCCGCAGAGACCGGAAAGGAGGAAAUAUAAGGUGAAACCGGACGAUGGUGACGGAAGUAACGAAGACUACAGGCGGCAACAGAAGGUGGUCAGGGGCCAGUUCAUAAGGGUCAAUGUCAACCAUUGCGCCGUGUUGCCGCCGGCCAGCCCGGAACCGGAAAAGAAGUCCGGCCAAGACUCACCGGCCAAGUCACCCGCCGGUCAAUCUCCAACAACCGUCAUCUCGGACCGGCUGUGGUCGACGGCCGAUUACGACAGGCUGGACGGUCGGUAUGAACAACACAGGCAGUCAUCGCGGUCCAGCAGUCGGAAUCGAAGCAGGAGCACAGGCCCGGGUCGCCGGCAACAACAACCGUUGCAGCUGGCCGCUGUCCAACCGUCACAUCCUCCGCCAGUUGCCUUCAGCCGGUACCCGAACAACGAACAGCAGCAGCCGUCAUCUUUCGGAAACCGGUUUUUCGGAAAACUGCGUGAGAUAACUUCCGGAAAUCAGUCACCGCCACUACAGGACCUGCAACCCGUAGCUUUUCGGCGCCGCAACAGCGUCGGUGAAUCUGUCACCGCCAACUUUUAUCAAUAUUUUAGCCAUCAACACCACCAUCAACAUCACCAACUCGGCCAAUAUCAGCAACAACAACAACAACAGCAGCAACAGCUCUAUCAGCAGCAGCUCCAACAGCAGCAUAGGCAACAGGCCAAAAAUGGCGGACAUCUCAAGUCAGUAAUCAAGAAAAACAACAAGAGCCAACUCUAUCAACAUACCUACGACGAACCCAAAAAGGUCACGUUCAGCGCCUACGCCACUGUUCAAGUUGUCGAUUAA